GGCAAAUCCUGAGUAGGCAGCUCAGUCUGCAGCACAAGAACUGGGACAGAUGGAGCUCUCUCAGGGUCUAUCCCUUUCUCUCCUCAUCCUCUCAGCUUUAGGGGCUGUGGUUUCUAUGGAUAAUGUGCAGGUUUUUGAAGGAGAAUCUGUGACUCUCAGCGUAAAUCUGAACAUGUCUGAAUAUCAGAUGAUAACAUGGAAGUUUGAUACAUACACCCUAGUUGCAAUAAAAACAGUAAACAACACUCCAACUUGUUUUCCCGAGUAUGAGGGGAGAUGCACCCUGUUUGCGAAUGCAACUCUCCUGCUGGACAAUCUGACACCUGCAGAGGAAGGAAAUUAUACUCUGACUGUAAUGGAUGUGGAGACCGGAGCGUCUUUGUCAGGAUCAAUCUUUCUCUCAGUACAGGGAAACAUUGUGAAUACAACACAAGGCUCCGGCACUCAGCAGUAUACCACCCCAGAUCAAUUAACAACUGCUUCAGAUAAUAGUCAAGGAAACAUUGUGAAUACAACACAAGACUCCGGCACUCAGCAGUAUACCACCCCAGAUCAAUUAACAACUGCUUCAGAUAAUAAUCAAGAGUAUACUCCAGGAAACAUUGUGAAUACAACACAAGACUCCGGCACUCAGCAGUAUACCACCCCAGAUCAAUUAACAACUGCUUCAGAUAAUAAUCAAGAGUAUACUCCAGAUUAUGAUCCAACUCCGGAUUAUGUUCCAAUCACAGAAUAUGAUCCAGCCACUACAGUUUCUGAAUAUAAUCCAGUCCCAGAAUAUAAUUCAGGACCAGACUAUUACCCAGAGUCACAAUACAUUCCAUGAGUUAAAGGCACUCUCAUUUCCAGUCUUUGGGCCAUGUGAUUUGCUGGAUUUACGUAUUCCGAUCCUCCUCUCUACAGCACCAGACCCACAUCCCC